UAAACCUAAAUAGCUUCUAAUGUCUCUCGAAGUGCACAAUGUUCUUUUGGUUCUUUCAAUCGCCAAUUUGGCACUGGUUCGAGCCGCCGGGCUGGAAUGUCGAUUAGAAACGAUUUCGAAAGUGUUUGGAGACAAUGAAACAUUGUUUGAAUUUAAUUUUCGAACGAUUGGACGGCAACGCCUAUUGAAUGGAACACUUAACUUUCACGUCGAUUUGGAUGACGACUACGAAAUGUCAACCGAGGUCCUUUCACUCAGAGACGGAGAGUGGGAGUCGACGAAUGUGGGCGCGCAUUUCAAAACCUGCAAAUACAUGGCGCUAAUCUAUGACAAGUACUUUGCGGUCUCAUUCAAGGACUCAAAUAUUCCAAAAGGUACCUGUCCAAUCAAGAAGGGAGAAUAUUAUGCGAGAAACGUGGAGGUGAUCGCUGACAAUUGGGCCCACUAUGCCAAACUGGGCCUAAUCCGAUCGUUAACUCUUAUUAAGAAGGGUAAAGUUGUAUAUGGGGGUGUGGAAAUUUUGAUGGUUUUAAGCCAGAAGAUCAUGUAACCAGGCAAUUGGUAUAAAAGUCAAUUGGAU